ACGAGAUGUCGGGAAGCGACAGUCCGACCUUCUUCCACGGCCAGCCUUGGUCCAGCUGGAUCGAGAAGAUCGGCCGGGACAAGCCCCUUAGUGAUGGCGAGCCAGAUUCUGAGCCCUCCAGCUCAGUUAUGCGUCUAUCAGUGGAUGACAUUGAUUUAUUUGGAUUUUGUCCCGAGAGAGAUAACUUCUAUGGAGUUGUAUGUGAAAUAUGCAAUUCUAUUGUCAAACCUCAAGCUUUAAUUCAACACAUGGAGAGUCGACAUCCCUCUGGCACUUCAAAUCUUCCACCACCUACAAAUUCGACCGCAAAGCCAAUUAUGAAGACGCCUUACUGCAAGCUUUCAAAGCUGAAGAAAAGCCAAUCUUCGGGACAACUCUUGCUUACAAACAACAAUAGUAGCAACAACGGCAGCGGGAAUGGCACCAGUAGCAAAACCAGCAACAACCACACUCCAGUCAAGCAUCGGACUGGCGGCAACGAGUCGCAACCACAGCCCAGUUUGCACCCGAGCAACUCACCCCGCUCGCCCCUUGAUGGUACACCAGCCAGCAACAGCAUCAAUAACGGUGGCCCGACGAUCCCUUCCGCGGGGCAGCUUGGUGCACCGACCUCCGCAAUCGCAGCAGCAGUCGGUGGCUUCUCGAACGCGCUCAGUGGUACUACCUCGGCAGCCAGUCCCGUCAAGAGCCCGGGGAACCAGCCGAAGCGGAAAAGGCUCAAAACGGACCGAUCCCUACUCAAGGACCGAGAGUACGACCCGGACCGACACUGCGGUGUCUGGAACGAAGAGACGAGCAAGCCAUGCACCCGUUCGCUCACAUGCAAGGCUCACACGGUCUCGCUCAGGCGGACUGUCACAGGCCGAAGCAAAAGCUUCGACAAGCUGCUUGCCGACCACCGAGCUUCGAAAGAGUCCCCGGCGUCGCGCAACGCCACCAGCAGCAACCCAUCAAAGGCCGUAGCAGUGAGCAGCUCCGCCGUCACAGCAGCCUCCAACAGCAUCAACAACAACAACAACAACAACGCGCCAAGUUCGCCACCAGUUCUCUCGCUACCUGAUACCUAUCCACUGCCACAGGCUGUUGAUUUGCUUUAUCGAUGUCUGGCCCCGCAUGGCUCCAAUAAACCUACUAAAUUGGAGGAGGACUUUGCCAACGAGCUGGAUCCCAGCCGAAGAAUCGAUUCCAACAUCAAUAGCGGGAACGUAAAUAAUACAUCUAGUAGUAACAGUAGUGCAGCAAUGGCGCCUAUAUCAGUCGUGCUUCCGUCGCUGUCACCUAUCCAGUCGAGCAUGGGUGGCCUUUCGCCCAGCCAGGCAGCUUCGCUGAUGCAGUACAAUAGAACGAGUUCACCUACCCUCAAUUUGGAACAGAUGAUUGUCAAGCAACAGUCUCCCGUCUCCAUAUCGGUUGUGCCCUGUAGCGGUAGUCUGCUCAUCAGCAACCAAUCAACUCCGGUGGGCAAUGUCGUUCUCGAAGCAAAGCCUGCACCCAUGGACAUUGAUCAGCCUGCCAGUAGCCAAAACUUUGGCAAUAGUAGUAUGUACAUGUCGCCAGUGCAUCAAUACAAGGAUACUAUUGUCAAUAAGGUAAACAUGCACUCAAGUCAGUCGCCCUCGUCCAGAAGCAGCAGCUUUUCAAGUCUGUUCGACACAUCGGCAACCUCAUUACUGGACCAGCAGCACUAUAACUCUCUGGAUACGUCGAUGCGCAGCAAUCAUUUCGCGGCGUCCAUACUCACCAACGGCAAGCAACAGCGCUUGAGCAAUAAUCACAUGGGUUUCCAGAUUAACACCAGCAGCAGUCCGUCACUAGUCAGAGGAAUCAAAUCAGAGUACACUCAAGACUACUCGACGGCCAUACAGUUGGAGGCGACCGCAGCCUCGACGCCCUACGCUGCAACGAGCUUUGAGGAUAUCACAUGGUCCAGCCACCAUCCCGAGCCUCUAGCUGUAAGUAAAUGGCUACGCAUCACUUCCAGCCGCAAACAAUACAACUUCAAUAUUCACUGACAUAACGCUCUGCCCACUCCAGGCUGAGGAUGCAUCAUUGUGUCACAAUUCGCG